GGGAACAAGGGCGGCGCAGACUCUGACUAUAAUGCAGAGAGCCUGGGAACACAUCUCCCCCUCUUCGCUCGGAGCUUCGUCGAGUGCUGACCGCAAAGUGUUUCGGGCCGGGAAAACUAUUUUCAAAAAUAAAACAACAACAUGGCUGGAUAUUUGAAAGUCCUCAGCUCUCUGUCGAGGUCUACCGGCGCCGCUUUCUCCAGAAAUCCCGCAGUGCUCGCGCCGGCUGCCAACUGCCAGACUUUACAACAAAGAAACUAUGCUGACAAACGCAUCAAAGUGGCCAACCCGGUGGUGGAGAUGGACGGAGACGAGAUGACCAGGAUCAUCUGGGAGUUCAUUAAAGAAAAGCUCAUCCUGUCUAAUGUUGAUGUGGAUCUGAAAUAUUACGACUUGGGUCUGCCGUACCGUGACCAGACUGAUGACCAGGUCACCAUCGACUCCGCCCUCGCUACCAAGAAGUACAAUGUGGCCGUCAAAUGUGCCACCAUCACACCUGACGAAGCUAGAGUGGAAGAGUUUGGCCUAAAGAAGAUGUGGAAGAGCCCCAACGGCACCAUCAGGAACAUCCUGGGAGGCACCGUGUUCCGUGAGCCAAUCGUCUGCAAGAACAUUCCCAGGCUUGUUCCAGGUUGGACGCAGCCCAUCACGAUUGGGAGACACGCCUUUGGCGAUCAGUACAGAGCCACAGACUUUGUCGUCGACCAACCCGGCAAAUUCAAGAUCGUAUUUUCGCCUGCUGAUGGAAGUAAAAGCAAGGAAUGGGAGGUCUUUGACUUCCCCGCUGGUGGCUGUGGAAUGGGCAUGUACAACACAGAUGAGUCUAUUACAGGCUUUGCACACAGCUGCUUCCAGUACGCCAUCGCCAAGAAGUGGCCCCUCUACCUGAGCACGAAGAACACCAUUCUUAAAGCCUAUGAUGGCAGGUUUAAAGACAUUUUCCAGGAUAUCUUUGAAAAAAAUUAUAAGCCAGAGUUUGACAAGCUGAAGAUCUGGUAUGAGCACAGGCUUAUUGAUGACAUGGUUGCCCAAGUGUUGAAGUCCUCCGGAGCUUUUGUUUGGGCUUGCAAGAACUAUGAUGGAGAUGUUCAGUCUGAUAUUCUCGCACAAGGUUUUGGCUCUUUGGGGCUGAUGACUUCAGUUCUCGUGUGUCCUGAUGGCAAGACGAUUGAGGCUGAGGCGGCCCACGGCACCGUGACCAGGCACUAUCGUGAGCACCAGAAGGGAAGACCGACCAGCACCAACCCCAUCGCAAGUAUUUUUGCCUGGACCAGGGGCCUGGAGCAUCGAGGCAAACUCGACGGCAACCCUGACCUUAUAAAGUUCUCACAGACUCUAGAGAGGGUGUGUGUUGAGACGGUUGAGAGCGGCAUCAUGACGAAGGACCUCGCAGGCUGCAUCCACGGCUUGUCCAACGUGAAGCUCAACGAGCAUUAUGUGAACACCACGGACUUCCUCGACACCAUCAAGUCAAACCUGGAUAAAGCCCUCGGCAAGUGAAGGACUUGAAACAACACUGAGACGACUGUGGCACUCGUUUUGUUUUUGUACCUCAUUUUUAACUUUAAAGGUCAAUAAAUCCACGUUCAUUUCAACUAAAGGAGUAAGCUGUCUAUAGGAAUACGUAGUUUAUUUUUAGGAUAUCAAAUGGUUCUCCUUCCACCUUGUGCCCCCUUAAUCUACGUGUCCCAUUAAGUGCAAGCUUUUAUUUUUGUAAAUUGUACCAUAAUCAGUACUGUGUAACGCCUCGAGCAAAGACUGGGGCCGUGUCAAACCUACAUGGCAAUAAAUUGUGUUUGACCUCA